AUCCUGAUCUUUGAACUUACGACUCAACAUUAACGGAUUCACCGGUCACUGCCUCGUUUUCCGUCUCGGUCGACCAGUAGAUCGCCGGCGAGUAAUUUGGAUGCCCAUCGACGCAAAAUUGUCGGUUUAAGCAGUAUCAAAGCAAGAAGCUUCAGAAUCGAUCUCUUUUAGAGUUUAGGAGUCAGGCAUGUCGUUCGAUGGCUUCCCUCCUUUUAUUUCUGCCCAGCUCCAUUACCUCCUCAAUCAUUUUCCUGACAAAAUCAAGGUUGAGCAAGUGUUGUCUGGUGGCAAAUCCUACACCGGGGGCCUCGAUCGGUUCACAUUGCUUAUUCCAUAUUGCUUAGACCAUAUCAAAUGGGAUGUUAUAUACAAUGCGGAGUUUCCACUGUCUCCGCCCGAUAUCAUAUUUGGACCCGACGAUGAGGACUUUCACCCUUUACACGCGACUGGUGGUGAAGGUGAGGGGGACUUGAAGUCACGGACUCGGAGUGUUUUGUCUGAUUGGAACAAUAAAGACCCGACCAGGCUGCUAGCUUUAAUUCAGGAAUUGAGAGAUCAAUAUAUGUCCUACCAGAGGAAACGCGUUGGAGAAGUGGAUGAUGAUAGGUUGAAAUUUGAGAUUAGCACUAUUUUGUCACGAGAGGGAAUUGAAAUGCAUAUUAGUUCAGGUGCUGAAAAGCCAGAAGAGGUCAAAUUUUCUGUGCCUCUAAUGGAUAUGAACAUAAACAAAAUGGUGCAUGCGUGCCCCUGGAGACAUCCACAAAAGAUAUAUUUGCAGGUUAUAUAUCCUGUUGGAAGAAAGUAUGCAUCUACCCCUUCGGCACCCCGUUUGAAAUUGAUGUCGACUAUCGAGCUGAGAGUUCUGUUUUCUGUUGAUGAUGUCAAGCUUCCUCCAUGGUUGGAUGGAAUGUGCUUGGCUGAAUAUCUUCCCCACCUAGAAGAAUCUCUUGAGAAACAGGUCCUGGAAGCUGUUUCAUUAAUUGACAUUAGAAGACGCUUUAUAGAGGCAUUAGCCCCAUUGUUUGGAAGACCUUUGGAAGCUGAUCCGAUCUUUUGCAGAAAAGCCACAUUUCUUGCAUCUUCUGGAUCCUUUGUUUUCCUGGUGCACGUUCUUAUUUCAACUCAAUUUCCUAAGCAGCAGCCAGCUCUGAUGCUCCAAAGUUCUCAGCACAUAUCACCGCAAGGAGUACCAAAACAGUCACCUCUUCUAACAGACUAUCCGUGGAGUCCAAGAUGGGAAGCAUCACAGAUGGCUGAGCGGAUAUAUGAUUUCUUGGUGGACGAGUCUCUGAACUUCAAACGGUUCUGUAAUGAGUCUCAAUCUCAACACUAGUAAGAUACGAGGAUGCUAAAGUUCCAUCUGGUCAUGCUUUACUCAUUCAAGUGGUGUAAAAAUGCUUAAUGAAACAUUUGGGUAGUUUUCUUUUAUACAAUCCAGAAAUAUGGUGCCAUUAUGGGUUGUGGUGUUUAAAAGCCAUUUGAUUUGUAGAAAGGAAAUACAAAGUUUGUUUUUUACAAUGCUUA